UACUAGCUUGUUUCUAGUGGAGGCGGUGACGUCAGAGGCGGAAGUUGUUGCGGAAAGAAGUUGGUGGAGUCGGGAGAAGUUGCUGUCAGUCCGGAAUGGGGGGCUCAUCCAGCCAGCUGUCCAAGGAGCUGAUCAAUGAGUAUCAGGAACUGACGUAUCUUACAAAACAGGAAAUUUUACUGGCUUAUAAACGCUUUAGUGAACUCAUACGGAAAGAAAACCGGAGCGACAUCAAUUCUGUGCGGGUGCCGAAGGAAACGUUUCUGACGCUGCCUGAAUUAAAGGCUAACCCCUUUAAGCAUCGCAUAUGCCACGUCUUCUCUACUUCAAAUAACGCGGAUGACAGCAUGUCAUUUGAAGAUUUCCUCGACAUGCUAAGUGCUUUCAGUGAAUCGGCUUCCCUUGAAAUCAAAUCUCAUUAUGCCUUCCGAAUAUUUGAUUUUGAUGGCGACGGCGCAUUGAAUGAAACUGAUUUGGAAACUCUGGUGAACCAUUUAACGGGAGCAGAAGAAAACACCAUACUGAGUGAUGAGGAGAUGAAGCAGCUUAUAGAAAAUAUCCUUGAUGAGUCCGAUAUAGACAAAGACGGCACAAUAAACCAUUCUGAAUUUCAGCAUGUCAUCUCCAGAUCCCCAGACUUUGUCACCUCCUUCAAGAUCGUUCUGUGAUUGCUUCUUGCAAUUUGCCUGCGGUGACCCUUCAGUACAAGCACUGGAAUUAAUCUGUCAACUGUGAAUAACUGGUUGUACCUAUGCAAUUUAUAAUGAAACUCUGCUAUGGACUUCUUCUACCAGAAAUACGCUCUUUAUAUUGUAUCUGGUGAAUUUCUACUGAACUACUGAUUUGUGUGUUGCAAUUUGUUGCCAGUUUACGUUCUGUUUACUCUUUUUUUAUAUGGGGAAAAAACUGGAAAUACUUUGAACAUAUAGGAGCAUGUGAGCUGAAGUCACAACCACUCAAUGAUCCAUAUGAGUUUACAGCUUUUUUAUUUUUUUAAAAUAAGUUUUACAUGAGUUAAGAUGGGCAAGAAUAUUCAACAUGUAGGCAUUUUCUGUCUUAUUAAUUGCUGUCCUGAUGACAGAUGUCGGUGGAGGAGGACUUGACAGGAAUUUUCCCCAGUGGGGACACAGGCAUUAAGAGACCCUGUUACCAGAGCAACAAUCUUCCCAUAAGGUUAUAUGUGCAUUCAGUGAGGGGCAUUUAUCAGUUCUAUCCCAAGGCAAAGGGACUCUGAACAAAGAGGGAGAUGCAUCGAGAUACAGAUUUAUAACAAAAUUAUAGCCGGUGUCCUAAAUCCCUCCUUUGCCUGCAAGUACAUUCAACCUGACCCUGACCACUCCAUAAUUCUUCAUCUGUUUAUAGAGAGAAUCUGGCUCAUCUUCAGUAAUAAAUCUCCAGUGUUUCACUUGGCUGCCCUGACACACAGCUCUGUACACCUGUCACUGAGACUUUGCUGAAGGCAAGGCAAUCUGAUUUAUGACCAAUUGGGGUUGAUUUACUAAAACUGGAGAGUAUAAAAAUCUGGUGCAGCUCUGCAUAGAAACCAAUCGGCUUACAGUUGUUUUUUUCUUUUGGCAAAGCUUAAGUCAACAAGCUGAAAUCAGAAGCUGAUUGGCUACAAUGCAGAGCUGCACCAGAUUUUGCACCCUCCAGUCUUCGUAAAUCAACCUGUUUUUAGGGUACAGUUUUUAAGAUGUUCAUGUUCCUACAGCCCCCCCCUCUUUUGACAGCGGGACGGGGAUCUUCUCCUCGUACCAGCUGUCGCUGUUUGAAAAGAACAUAAACCCUGCAGGGCUCCGCCCAUACAGGCUCAUAGUGCUUUUGAUGUUAAUUUUAUUUUUAUUUGUAUUUUUAGAACUUCUCCUUUUAAAACAUUCUCUGGAGUUGGGUUUGAAUGAUGUAUUUUUACAUGCGAUUUUUAGAUGCAGUGCAAAUUCACAGCAACUUUGCUGCAGAUUCUGCACUGCACCGCAGAUAAAUUGUAACCCAUUCAUGCAAACUGAUUGCGGAAUGUAUGUUGGCGACACCCUGCAAUUGGUUUGCAAAACGCAGCGAUCCGAUUCUGGUGCAUACAAAAAAAAUACGUGGACCAGUUUGGUGCAAAUGCGGUGCAAUUUAAGCCAUGCAAAUAUAUGCUUCAAAUCGCACCCCAGAGACACCGCAUGUAAUUGGUUGCCAUUGUUUUUUUGUCUUUUUUUACUUUUACGUUGCUGUUAAUGAUGGGUAUCCUUGACGUGUAUAAAAUUCCAGCAUCUCCAUAUGUUUAGUAACCACUAUGUAGAUCUCUACAGAUGAACAGCUUGAUAUAAACAGUUAAAGUUUCUCAUGAAAUGAAAUAUUUGUUAUAUAAGGUAUGUUUUAAUUUACUAAUCGAAGCACAAUUUUAUAAAUAUUUUUAAAGCAUAAAAA